AUGCCGCUUCUGUGUGGUGGCUCCAAAACGGUGCAGCGCAAGCUGGUCUUGCUAGGCGAUGGUGCUUGCGGCAAGACGUCAUUGCUGAAUGUCUUUACCAGAGGCUACUUCCCGACUGUCUACGAGCCUACCGUCUUCGAGAACUACGUCCAUGACAUCUUUGUGGAUAAUGUGCACAUUGAGCUGUCGCUCUGGGACACGGCGGGCCAGGAGGAGUUUGACCGGUUACGCAGUCUGUCAUAUGAUGACACCGACCUUAUUAUGCUCUGCUACAGCGUCGACAGCAAAGACUCGCUCGAGAACGUCGAGUCCAAGUGGGUGGGCGAGAUUGCCGACAACUGCCCUGGCGUCAAGCUUGUGCUGGUUGCCCUCAAGUGCGAUCUGCGCGAGGGCGGCGACGAGGACGGUGACGAUGCGGCAGCAACAGGCGGUGCCGCCAAGAGUGGCACGGACCCGGAUGCGAUCGCCAACGGCUCCGAGAUUAGCCCUGUGGGCGCUGCCGGCGGCAACGGCGCAACGCGCGAGAAGAAGCCGAUGAUCAACUACGACCAGGGCCUCGAAGUCGCCCGCCGCAUUAACGCGAUGCGCUACCUCGAGUGCUCGGCCAUGCGCAACCGCGGCGUCAACGAGGCCUUCACGGAGGCGGCGCGUGUGGCGCUAAGCGUGAAGAAAGACCGGGAAGGCAGCAGCUGCACGAUCAUGUAA